AUAAUACCUAAAGAGAACCACAAAUUAAGCAACUACUCCAUGCGCACCGACCCCAGCUCGGCAAGGCUACCACGUACUCUCCAUCCAACAAACCCAACUUCCUCCAACUCCUACGUCACAAAUCCAUCCAAAACAUUCCCAAGACAUAUCCGCCCAACACUCUCUCCCACAGAAAAGAAAAAAAUAAACAACGGAAAAAAAAGAUCACCCAACACAGAAAUAAUCCCCCCAAUCUACGCAACCAUGACGCCGACAACCCCCAAGUACGCAGCCUUGCUCUCCCUCUCUCUCCGCCGCCGCCGUCGCCCAACCCCAACACAACCUCCAAGAAACCUCCAAGAAACCCUAAAACACGCGCCCCGUCUUCCCCCCUCCCCCCUCCCUCCCUCCCUCCAAUCCCUUGCCUCCAUAAACCAUCAUGCAAAGAAACCCAGCAAAAUCUCACCCCACAUUCAACCCUUCCCCCCUUCAAUUAAGUAA